AUGUCUACCUGGAGAAAGGCUGGUUUGACCUUCAACAACUACGCUGCCAUUGCAGCUAAAACUGUGCGUGCUGCUUUGAAGCCAGAACUACAAACCAACGCUGUUUUGAGCAGAUCCAAGUCUGAAGCCAAGUUCAUCAAGAUUGAGAACGGUAACCAAUCCGAGCCAGUGGCCCUAAAGAACUGA